AAUCCUUUAAUCUUUCCCGAGGCAGCGCCGAGUGCGCAUGCGCGAACACUUACCCACCAGGUAAACUCCACCAUGGCGGCGAGAGGCCAUGUGCAAGACCCCAACGACAGGAGACUCAGACCUAUAUACGACUAUCUGGACAAUGGGAACAAUAAAAUGGCGAUACAGCAGGCGGACAAACUGCUGAAGAAACACAAGGACCUGCACUGUGCCAAGGUCCUGAAGGCCAUCGGCCUCCAGAGGACGGGGAAGCAGGACGAAGCUUUCACGCUGGCCCAGGAAGUAGCGACGCUAGAGCCGACUGACGACAACUCCCUGCAGGCCCUGACUAUUCUGUACAGAGAGAUGCAUCGUCCGGAGCUGGUGACGAAGCUGUACGAGGCCGCGGUGAAGAAGGUUCCUCUCAGCGAGGAGUAUCACUCCCACCUCUUCAUGGCCUACGCUCGGGUCGGAGAGUACAAGAAGAUGCAGCAGGCGGGAAUGGCCUUGUACAAAAUCGUCCCCAAGAACCCGUAUUACUUCUGGUCCGUCAUGAGUCUGGUGAUGCAGGCGAUUUCAGCGCAGGACGAAAAACUGUCCCAGACCAUGUUCCUGCCUCUGGCUGAACGCAUGGUGGAGAAGAUGGUGAAGGAGGAGAAGAUCGAAGCGGAAGCUGAGGUGCAGCUGUAUUUCAUGAUCCUGGAGCGUUUGGGGAAAUGUGUGGAGGCUCUGGACGUGAUCCGAGGUCCACUGGGAGAGAAGUUGACCAGUGAGCUGCAGAGCAGAGAAACCAAGUGUAUGAAGCUGUACCAGCGGCUGCAGCGCUGGCCCGAGUGUAACGCUUUGGCUCACAAGCUGCUGCUCAAGAAUCCUGAUGAUUGGCAGUUCUACCCCUCCUACUUCGACUCCCUCUUCCACCUCAUGGACCAGUCGUGGAGUCCUCCAGACGAUGGAGAGCACUGUUCCGAGGGGCCGGUCCAUCACACCGUGGCCGACGUGGUGAGGUUCGUGGAGGAGAGGAUAAAGGGGGAGGACGGGAAGGAGUCCAGGUCCCUGAGGGGUCCGUACCUGGCCCGCCUAGAACUGAUCCACCGGCUGAGAGGGAGGGGCUCCCCCGACCAGAGCCUGCUGGGUGACCCUCUGGAGCUGAUGGUCCAGUUCUUUGGGAGGUUCGGAGAUAAACCCUGCUGCAUCACAGACCUCAAAAUAUACCUCCACCUGCUCCCCCCCGAGCAACACGUUCAGUUCAUUAAUCGUCUGAGCGAGGCCGUCCCUCUGACCGAGCGUCAGGACGACGGCGGCGUCUUCUCGUUUCCCGCCGACACCAGAGCUCUUCAGAGGCACCUGUGUGUGUGUCAGCUGAGCCGAGCGCUCGGCCUCCAUCGCUCUCUGGACGUGGACGGGAAGCUGAGGCUGAUCUCUGAGCUCAAGGCCCAUUACCGCCACGGCCUCAAGUUCGGGAAGAACGCUCUGAAGACGGAGCUCCAGUUCUCAGACAUGUAUUGUCUAAUGGCGGCUCACGUUUACAUCGACCUGUGGACGGAGACCGGUGAUGAAGACAUGGCCUGGCAGAGUCUGGGUGUCCUCCAGGAGGGUCUGUCCCACAGUCAGUCCAACGCCCAGUUCAAGCUGCUCCUGCUCCUCCUCUACUGUCGCCUUGGAGCCUUCGAGCCGGUGGUCGACCUUUACUCCAGCCUGGACGCCAAGCACGUCCAACACGACACCAUCGGGUUCCUGUUAACCCGUUACGCCGAGUCUCUCGGUCACUUUGCUGCAGCCUCCCAGUCCUGUAACUUCUCCCUCAGGUUUUUCCACUCGAACCAGAAAGAUACCUCAGAGUACAUCAUCCAGGCCUACAAGUACGGAGCCUUUGAGAAGAUCCCAGAGUUCAUUGCUCUCAGGAACCGGUUGAACCAGUCGCUUCACUUCGCUCAGGUCCGUACUGAGAGGAUGCUGCUGGAUCUGUUCCUGGAGGCCGACAUUGUGUUGAGUCUGGAGGAGAGUGUGAAGGCCAUGUCUUUGUCUGCAGAGGAGGACGACAUCCCCUGGGACAGUAUGAGGGACAACAGAGACCUAACGGUGUUCACCAGCUGGGAGCCUAAAGACAGACAGCUGAGUGACGAGCACCGGCGUCAGUCUCUGGAGGAGGAGACCACGUGGCUGAGGAUACGCUCCCUGACGCUCCGCCUCCUCGCCUCGCUCGCCACCCUCGGCCACGCCCCCUCGCAGCAGAACUCGGAGGUGUCCAACGAGAACGGCGUCGGGGACAAGACGUCGAGCCUCAGCGGGCUCCUCUCUCAGCUCAACCAGACGCUACAGACAGCAGCUCAGACGGACACAGAGAGACGCACACAGUAUCCGUUCCUGGGCCCCCCCUCCACCCGUCUGGCCUCCGCUCUGUCCAGUGGAAGCUGCCAGUGCCAGGCUGCAGCGCUGCAGCUGUCGGUUCACCUCCAGGAGCUGGAGACGGCCGGACUCGAUGAGUCGUCGGAGCUUCAGACUCAGAUCUGUAACGGUUUCAAAUCUUUAGUAGUUCAACUUCAAGAAAUACUCAAUAAAUGCAAAGGAGAUUUAUUGGAGAUGAAGGAGAACAAAUUAAAAACCCGGCCGUCGUUAUUAGAAAACCUGAUCUUCUUUGUAGAGACGGUGAGUGUGGUCUUGUGGACGGCUGGUCACUGCGCUAAGAUCCUCCGGCCACUGAAGAGCAGCCUACAGAAGAAGAAGAAGAAGAAAAAGGACGUGAACACGGCUCUGCCGGUGGUGGUUUGUGGCUUCCAGGAGUUGACGGGGAGUUUGCAGGACCUGCUCUCCCAGACUUUGGAGCACAUAAGGGGUCAAGAGUCCAACGUGACGGCCCUGAAGCUGGCUGCUUUAACCCUGGAAGGACACACUGAGGAGGAGGCGUCUUUUACUAAAGCUGCUAUGGACAAGGUGCAGAGCAGUUACCUGCGCUCGUUACAGGAGGUGGGAGAUCUGCUGAGGAAGAGGGUGGAGACUUUAAAGAACCUCAAGAUCUGAUUAAAACGACUGCACCACCACCACCACCAUCACCAUCACCACCAACAACCACCCAAACCCUCCUUCCUCUCCUCCUCUCGGUCGUUCCCUGGAUCCUUCGACUCUCACUCUCACCUGGACUCUGGAACAUUUCAACUCUAAUCGCACAUAAAAGCUCGAUAGUAAAACUCACGUCGGUUAUAAGUGAAAACCAGGACCUUUUAAAAGAAAAAUAAAUAAAAAUAAAAAAAUAUAUAGAUCAUGUUAGAAGAAUCAAACAAAAAAUACGUUUUAGAAGAACUAAUAAAUUAUUGUACAUAGAGGAAAAACGCAAACUCCUCGACUAGAUGAGAAUAUAAAGACACAAUAAACCACUAUCCUGUUUGUCGCUCGGUUACGUUUCGUCUGUUUUUUGUUUUUUUGGUUUCUGGAAGUAAAGACACUUCACUCUGAGGACAAACUUUCUUUCUGCUGCUUCUCCAGGCACAGUUUGAACCUGAUGCACUCCUGGCUGCCAGCAGGAAAAACAAAAAACAACAAAGCCUUUAGACCGACGUUUCCUCUCAUUCAGCAGUUAUUUCUUUUUGUUUUGCUUUGUGCGUCUCGUGUGUGUGUGAGAGUUACUGAACCACCUCUGUCGUUGCAGUAUUAUUAUUAUUAUUAUUAUUAUUAUUAUGAAGAGCAAAUGUUGCAGGACAUUUUAUAUAAAGAAAAAAGAAGUUGACUUGUCUGCUGCUUUUUCUUUUAUUAAAUCCUAUGAAUAAUAGUAGAAGAAGAAGUGGCUUGUGGACGAGUCUGAAAGGAGAUUUUUUUUUAUUUUUCUUUUUUUUUUUUCCCAAGCGGUUAAAACUACAAAUGCACAAAUCAAAGCGGCUUCAUCAUCGAGAGGAUUUUCAACACCCUGACGACUUGUGAUAAUUUUUUUUCUUAUUUUUCAGCAGCAGCGACAUUUGCAGCAGUUUGGACCUAAUUUGUAAAUAAAAUUUACAGCAUCCUGUGAGGAAUUUGGCGCUUUUUUUUUUUUUUUUAAACGCAGCUGCAAGGAAAUGACGAUCAAGAUUUUUUGUGCGUGUCCUCUGUUUAUGUUUUUUAUUAUUUUUUUUGUCAUUCCUGCUUCAUUCGCUUCGUCCUAAAAAUAAAAAUAAGUACCAUCGGCUGCAGCGUUCACAAUGGAGCUGCACUCGCUUUCACUAUUUUUUUUUUUUUUUUUAAUCAAUAAUUUGGUGAAAAUGUGAUGAACUCGUCUCAUUAAGACAAAAAGACACGUGUGUCUGCUAAUAAGUGAAAUAAAUGAAGGCUGUCUGUGUGGGUGGAUCUGGAGAGGAGAUGUGCUCUUGUUGUGGUUCAGAAUAAUGAUUGACAAUCUGGAGCGUCAUCUCACCGCCAUCUUUUUGUUAGAAAAUGGAAAAUAGAAACACUGGAAUGUCAAAGCUUUUUUUUUUCUUUUUUAAAUAAAAAAAAGGUAAAUGUGA